AUGGUGCGAAGGCCUGACCCUCCCCCCCCUUCUCCUGGACCCCACCACCCUCCCCCGCUCCCCCCUGGACCCCUGAUUGUUCUACAGCUUAAGUCUAAUGCUAAAGAAUUCAAAAUGGCGGCGACUGCGGAGGCAAAGAAGGAAGACGCGGACUACAAGCGGCUGCACAACUUUCCUCUGAUUCGACACACAGACAUGCCUGAGGAGAUGCGGGUGGAGACCAUGGAGCUCUGUGUCACGGCCUGCGAGAAGUUUGCCACCAACAACGAAAGUGCGGCGAAGAUGAUCAAAGAGUCGAUGGAUAAGAAGUUUGGGAGUUCGUGGCACGUGGUGAUCGGGGAAGGCUUCGGCUUCGAAGUCACGCACGAAGUCAAGAACCUGCUCUACAUGUUCUUUGGAGGCAGCCUGGCCGUGUGCGUGUGGAAGUGCUCCUGA